GCCGACCGGCGAGCGGCGAUGGUUAGCCAGCCGGCAAGCGAUGAUGGAUGGCAUGCCGGCGAGUGGCGGCAAUGGGCGGCGACGGUGAACGGCCGAUGAAUGGGCGAUGGUAGGCGUUCGUUGGGUGGACUCUGAAGCUGAACACGACGCAAUCUCUGUAAUUUUCCCACCAUCGCCAUCACCCCAAAACCUGCAAGUUUUCCUUCUUUGUACAUCCAUCGUCGGUUCCGUAUUAAGGUCGAAGCUUUUCAAGAAACUACACUUUCCCCAUUUUCUUUUCCCUUUUCCCUUCACGGUGCAGCCCCCACACAGAGGCACGAGAUCGGUCGCUUCUAGAUGGGGGUUGUUGGCGCCUGCAGGAGCUCUCUCAAUCACUAGCAAUGGGUGGUAGUUGAUGCUGAUCAUUCACUUCCCGCCACCCUAUAUAUCCCUCUCCGUGGCUCGACUCUCGCUAGCUGUAGAGUUUUUGGCCACGAAAAGAGAAGAUCCCCAGUAAGCGUUUGGUGAAGUUCCGGAGAGAAAUAGGGCACCUGAGAUCGGGAUGGCUCCGUCGACCCUCACUAUGCUGGCCGAGGAGAGGACCUUCCCGGAGAAGUUUGUGCGCGACGAGGACGAGCGUCCCACGGUGGCCUAUAAUCAGUUCAGCAACGAUGUUCCGGUGAUAUCGCUUGCCGGGAUUGAUGAGGUCGAUGGGAGGAGGGGUGAGAUAUGCAGGAAGAUUGUGGAUGCCUGUGAGGAGUGGGGGAUAUUCCAGGUGGUCGAUCAUGGGGUUGAUGGGAAGAUGAUAGGCAAGAUGAACCGCCUCGCUCGCGAAUUCUUCGUCUUGCCUGCGGAGGAGAAGCUGAGGUAUGAUAUGACUGGUGGCAAGAAGGGUGGCUUCCUCGUCUCCAGCCAUCUACAGGGAGAAGCUGUCCAAGACUGGCGUGAAUUAAUGAUAUACUUCUCAUACCCAGUUCAAAGCAGAGAUUAUUCUAGAUGGCCGGACAAGCCUGAGGGAUGGAGGGCCGUGAUUGAAGAGUACAGUGAGAAGUUGAUGGGGCUUGCUCGCGAGCUCCUGGGAGUCCUAUCGGAAGCUAUGGGAUUGGAGAAGGGGGCAUUAACAGAAGCCUGUGUUGAAAUGGAUCAAAAGGUUGUGAUUAAUUUCUAUCCUAAGUGUCCACAGCCAGAUCUAACUCUCGGUCUCAAGCGGCACACUGAUGCAGGCAUCAUCACCCUACUGCUCCAGGAUGAAGUGGGUGGACUCCAGGCCACCAGGGAUGGUGGCAAGACGUGGAUAACUGUGCAGCCCGUGGAGGGGGCCUUCGUGGUGAAUCUUGGUGAUUAUGGACACUAUCUGAGCAAUGGGAGGUUCAAGAGUGCAGACCACCAAGCGGUGGUGAAUUCCAACUACAGCCGGUUGUCUAUAGCCACAUUCCAGAACCCAGCACCCGAAGCCAUCGUGUACCCACUUAAGAUCCAGGAGGGAGAGAAACCUGUGCUGGAAGAGCCUGUUACUUUUACAGAGAUGUACAGGUGGAAAAUGAACAAGGACAUUGAACUAGCCAGGCUGAAGAAGCUGGCCAAGGAGCAGCAAUCGAAUGAUUUGGACAAAGCAAAGUUGGAAUAUAAGCCUAUGGAGAAGCUCCUGGCUUGAGCCUACAAAGGUCCUAAACACUAUGUUCGGAAUAUGGUUCUGUAUCGUUUUUCUGGUGUGCUGAACUAGGUCGGAGACGUGCUGAUUUAGUCACUCUUUGAAGCUAGAUAAUCAUCAAUGCACUACCUAUGCGCUCAAUGAUGUGUUAGGCUGGAGUAAGAGGAAAGGAAUGUGAACUACUGAAAAAUGAACUUGUCAUCAGUAAACUUUCAUGUCACAGCAUGUUUUCAUCAUGCUAGGACUAAUAUUCAACUCUGCUUUUUCUGUGUGGAAACGUGA